UGAACACCGAUGACCAUACAAAAAUCACAGAUGGCAAAUAAGGGUCGAUGCCGAGAAAGUGAAUAGAUAAAUGAAAAUAAUAAACCUCGGACAAAGACGAGAUGGUAGUGCAAUAAAAUUACUCAUCUUGAAAGCGAUAAUAAACUCAUAAACUGUAAAGUGGUCCGAUUUUUUACUGACGUGUCGAUUUCAAAGGAAAGUAAAAUAAUGAUUAUUGGCUCAUUUUAUGGAUAAAUUUUCGUUCUUCCUCUUUGAGAGAUUUCUGAAAUUUUAUAUUUUGAAAAUCUUGAGGGGGACAAUUACCUCCCCAUUUCUACGCCCUUGGAGAAAUUUGGUAAUAAUACAGAGAUUAUCAAUCCGAAUUGAAUUGCAAAGUUUGCAGUGUUUCUACACACGAAUUGAAUUAAUCUGUAAUAAAGUAAGAAAUAAUAAAACGUUUUGUGAAAUUAAAACGAUUUCUCUAGGAUUUCCAUAUAUCUACACUCCCAAUGCGCGGCUCUCGCCGAUUUGCGCAAUCGCUCCAAGCUUCCGAGGGAUGCUGUUGCAGCAUCAAUUUGUUACAGAUUAACACCGCCAAGAUGGAGUCCUUAUAACAUUUUUCGUAUUCGAAAAAACUUACCCUUCGAAAAUAUCUCGUCCAGACAACAACACAAAAGGUGACUUUCAACCGUAGAAAUCGCGAAUAGAAGAAAUUAGCAACGCAGGGUGUAGUAUCGAUUAUCUCGAGGUAAAAUCCAUCUUGGCGGUUCGCAGUGAUAAAUCCCUCAGUGAUAAGAAGUCUUCCAGUAGUGUACUUAGAUAAAAGCGUCUAAAAUAAGUGAUAGCGGUUAGUAUAUUAGUCAAAAAUGAACCGUUUUGGAAAUUUACGUCUUCCACCCUUAUCCGCUGCUGUAGACGUGGCCCAGCAGGCCGUGAGGCAGAUUUUGCCGGAUAAAUCUAGCGGUGGCAAGCAACCCCAAACGGGACCCACGGAGAGGGUUCAUUUCGCACAGAAUCUAGAGCAAAACUACUCGUCCCAUGGGGUGAAUGAGAAUCAUGAAUUGUCUAAUAUGACUGUUAAUAAUACCAGCACGAAUCCUUUUCUUAACAUGGACACCUCGAAUGAUGUUAAGGUGGCAGAGGAGAGCUUCAACGAAGGUUCAUAUCAACAGGGGAAAAGCAGAAUGUCUUCCAUGGAUUUUUCCGAAGGUUCCGACUUUGUGGAAGGAAAAAGUGAGAUCAAGAUCAACGAAUAUCAGGCAGCCUGGAAUGUUACGAACGCUAUUCAGGGGAUGUUCAUCGUAUCGUUACCCUUUGCUGUCCUUCGAGGAGGCUACUGGGCCAUAGCCGCAAUGAUUGGAGUAGCGUACAUAUGUUGCUACACAGGGAAGAUUCUUGUGGAAUGCCUCUACGAGUUCGAUAUGCAAACUGGACAACAGGUGCGAGUGAGGGACUCAUACGUAGGCAUAGCCAAAGAAUGUUUUGGAAAGAAAUAUGGCGGAAAAAUCGUCAACAUCGCCCAAAUAAUAGAACUACUGAUGACUUGCAUCUUGUAUGUUGUGGUCUGCGGGGAUAUGAUGAAAGGGACUUUCCCAACUGGAUCCAUCGAUACUAGGUCUUGGAUGAUGCUGAUUGGAAUACUUCUGUUGCCUUUAGGUUUCUUAAAAUCCCUGAAGAGUGUCAGUCUGCUAUCCUUUUGGUGUACCAUGUCGCACAUCUUCAUCAAUGCAAUCAUCAUCGGAUAUUGUCUCCUCUACAUCGGCGACUGGGGCUGGGGUAAGGUGAAAUGGACUUUAGACCUGGAGAACUUUCCAAUAAGUCUAGGAGUGAUCGUAUUUUCCUACACCUCCCAAAUUUUCCUUCCUACUCUAGAAGGUAAUAUGACCGACCCCUCUAAAUUCCAAUGGAUGCUGGAUUGGUCCCACGUCUGGGCGGCGGUCUUCAAAGCUCUCUUCGGUUACGUCUGCUUUCUCACUUUUCAGAACGACACCCAACAAGUCAUCACCAAUAAUUUACACUCUGCUGGAUUCAAGGGAUUGGUUAACAUAUGCCUUGUGGUGAAGGCUCUUCUGAGCUAUCCCCUUCCGUACUACGCAGCUUGCGAGCUGUUAGAACGUGCCUUCUUCAGGGGUAAGCCCAAAACUCCAUUCGCAACGAUUUGGGAUACAGAUGGAGACCUCAAAGUGUGGGGUUUGGCCUGGAGGGUAGGGGUUAUCACUUUCACAAUAUUGAUGGCCUGCUUUAUACCUCAUUUUACCAUUCUGAUGGGUUUCAUAGGGAGCUUCACAGGGACCAUGCUGAGUUUCAUCUGGCCUUGCUACUUCCACUUGAAGCUGAAAAGAAGCAUGAUGGACAGCCGAACAAUGAUGUUCGAUUAUUUCAUCAUAUCAUUAGGAGUUCUCUUCGGUGUCAUAGGUAUGUAUGAUUCGGGAAAGGCUUUGGUAAAAUCCUUCAAAAUUGGUCUUCCAUUUUAGAGCUUAGAAUAGCAAAAAAUUGUUAUAUCACAAAAUAUCGAAGCCAUUUAUUCGUUAUGAAGUAUCAACGGAUAUGAAGUAUUGUUUUUGAUGUGCAAUGAAUGAGAUUUAUUGAGUUCUCAAAUAUCUUUUGAAAUUUUACGAGAAUUCUAAAUGAAAAUGAAUACAAUUGAGAUAUAGAAGAAUUGAGUUACAGUUUUACGUGAGUAUUUAUGAUAGUGCUACUUUUUUAUGUAGCUUGAACGAGUUUCAAGAUCUUUUAUAAAAUAUAAACUCGUUUUGAUUAGUUCAAAAGGUUAUUUUCGUUCAUUUCAACAACUGCCGCAUCAUUUUCCCAAAUAUUUGAGACGUUGAAUUAACAAUAAUUCGAAGAUGUUUUCGAUAAUGUAAUAAGUUGAUUUCAAAAAUUAACGAAGUCAAAUAAUUGAUAAUAUGAUCAACAAUCCAUACAAUUUUGUAACCCCUAAAAAGUAAUCAGUACCUAGGCAUUAACAAUUAUUUAUAGAUAGCGAAAAAUUUUGAAAUAUCCAUGUUCAAAAAUUAUUGAAAAUAAUAAACCAAGAAUUGAAACAAUGAAUUCUUAAAACUUAAAAUAUCAAAAAAAAAUCUUAUUUGAAGGAAAUCACAAACAAAAAACUGAUUUUAGAGUUUUAUCAGAUUUUCUAAUUGAAACUAAUUCAAUUUUUAGUAAUAUAUUUAGUUUUUUUUCAUUAAGGCAAUUCUCAAUGUUCAAUCUUAUAAAUUUAUCGAACAUACUAUGAAGUAAGUAUAUUUAAUUUCUUUGAAAAAAGUCUUUCUUUCCUCAAUGUAAUGCAGAGUUUUCUUUAAUGAAAAACAUUUCAGAAA